AUGGUCCGUGGACCGGUGUUGGGCGCGGGUCUGUGGUCCACCGUGGACCGGACGUGUGGACCGGGGCCGGUGGGGGAAAGGAUAAGGCUGCUCGGCCUUUUCCCGUGCGGCACAGAGAGGCAGAGGGAGCGGCGGCGGCGCCGGAGGGAGAAGGGGGAAACACCGGAGAAAGAGACGACCGGCGGCGGCGAGAUUCCAGCAGAGACGGCCGGCCAGAGCAGUGAAGGCGGCGCAGCGCGGCUGCUCGAGCUGGGCGGCGCCAGGAGAGAGGAACACGUCGGUGGAAGGGAGUCCGGCCGGCGGAGGAAGAUGGAGGCAGCACCGCAGCGAGCAGGGCGGUCGGGCUUCACGGCCGGGCGCAGAGGGCGGCGGCGGCGACGGUGGCUAGGACGGCGUGUCGGCGCGGCGCACACUGGCGCGGACGGGCGGCGCGCUGACCAGCUGCGGUGCGGCGCGCGGACGGUGGCCGAGCGGCGUGGCGUGAGUCAGCAGCCGGCACGCGCGGGUGCGCACGGCGGGAGCGCGUGCGGCCGCGGCCAGGACGGCUCGACGCGGUGCGGGCCGAGCGGCGACGAGCGGCUGGCGGUGCGGCUGGACAGUGCGGGCGACGCAGCCGAGGGGCACAGCGCAGACGGCGGCGUAGCGCUGCGGUGGAGGAACGAUGGAGGCGUGACGCGGGAGGCGCGGGUCGGAGGCGGCGCGACCAGGAGUGCGGCGCGCACGGCGGCUGUGCUGGGCGGCGGCCGAGCAAGGGGAAGAGGGAGCUGGAGAGGGUGGCGCGCCCGAAAGGGAGGAGGUCGGCCGGGGCGGUGA